AACGAUAAGUGUUACAAUCGUCAGGACACUUUUAAAAGCUUCGUAUUCAGGGUUAUGUACUACUACAUACAGAUCUAUUCAUUGAUUGGAUAAGCUUACUAUAUAUAUGUGAAGUUUUGGCGGGAGAACUCAUUAGGUGGUCAAGACUGAGAUAAAAUUACAUUAAAAAUAAUCAAGAUGUCCCGAUCACCCGUAAAAGUUUUCAAUCGUCCAUUUACUGUAUGUGUCGAAGGCAACAUAGGAAGUGGAAAAACCACAUUUCUAAGUCAUUUUAGAAAGUAUGAUAAUACAACUGUUUUACAAGAGCCCAUUGAACUCUGGCGGAAUGUUGGUGGAACAAACCUCUUGGACUUAAUGUAUAAGAAUCCAGGCAAAUAUUCCUUUUUAUUUCAAUCCUAUGUUCAAUUAACAAUGUUGCAAUUACAUGCACAACCAUGCCAUCGACCAUAUAAAGUUAUGGAAAGAUCAGUUUAUAGUGCUUGCUGCUUCAUUGAAAACAUGAGACGUACAAAGGUAUUAGAGGAUGUUGAAACCAAAGUAUUAAACGAGUGGUAUGACUUUUCUUUGAAAGAAACAAAGAUUGAAACUGAUUUAAUAGUGUAUCUCAGAACAACACCUGAAGUUGUAUAUGAAAGGAUGCAGGCUCGUGGUCGUAAAGAAGAAACUAGUGUAUCUCUAGAAUAUUUAAGACAAAUUCAUCAAAUUCAUGAUGAGUGGUUGAAAGAUGGUGCACUCUUUAAGCUUCCAGCUCCAGUAAUGAUUUUGGACGGUGAUAAAAGCUUGAACGAGAUGGUUCACGAAUUUGAAUUAUGUCGUGAAAGUAUUUACUUGAACCAAGAACCAAUAGAUGACCGAAUUAUAAAAAGAUUAUCAAUUGUCUCUCAAUCUCCUGGUAUGCAGGGAAAAGUUAAAGCAGGUGCUUCGUCAUAAGGUACAAAUUUUGACAUAAAUGUUUAAUAAUAAAAUAUUUUUAAACGACCAAGAACAACUUGUCUGACAAAAUAAAUCAGUUAUUAUUUCCAUGAUCUGAUAUUGCCAUGCAAAUUUAUGUAGGUAAAUGCAGAAGAGUUACACUUGUUUUCUAUUAAAUUUUAUAAAACAUUCCUCUUAUAACAUGUGACAUUGUAUUAGUUGUAAAGUAUGAAAAAAUUUAUCAAUGUAUAUACAAUAUUCUAUUACAAAAAUAAUUAAAACAGGUUAUAAUUGUGUCUAAGUUUGGUAACAUAGGUUAUAACAUCCAAUUUGUUUUAUUUAAAUUAGAACUACUGAAUUCUUUCUAUAAACAUGUAAUUGACAUUAUUUUUCUAAUCAUUUGUUCAGUAAGGAAAUAUAACAUUACAUGUUUUUUCGCAAUACUUAUUACACAUCAAUUUGAAUUUUAUCUUUAAAUGUGUGGAAAUGAACUCAAUAUUAAAUCUCUUAACAAGUGGGACGUUUUACAUAAACAAAUAUGCUUAACAUUCUUUGUUUUCUGCUUGAUCUACUUGGUUUACAUAAGAAAGAAUGGACAAUUAUAUUGAUAUCAAUAUUAUAACCGCUGUUUUUUUAAUAUGUAUACUCAUUUCAUUUUAAGUACACUUUUGUUUAUUACUUGAGAACUAUGAUAGUUACUUUCGACCUCUGUCUAGAACAGUAUUUUUAAGGAUAUUAAUAAACAACAAUUAUAAAAUGUUAUAAGUAAUUGAUUUUGUAAGUAUUAUUCAUGUGUAGUAUUGUUAUAAUAAAACUGACCACAAACUA